AUGCCCGCCAGCCAACUCGCGAAGCGCGGGCAAUCCUCCAUAUCCUCCUCUCCUCCCGUUCCCUCGUACAUCCUCCGUGGUCACGCUGCCUCGGUCUCCUGCGUCCGUUUCUCCCGCUGUGCCAGGUUCAUCUUCACUGGCGACACGGAUGGCUUCGUCGCAGUCUGGGACUUGCAGUCGUUCCGUCCACGUUUCUUCUGGAAGGCGCAUGAGCAGGGAGUGCUGAGUGUCGCGGAGCAUGGGAACGGGAUCUUAACACAAGGCCGCGACAACAUGGUACACUUCUUCCGCCUCACCACACCCUCUGUCCAGAACGGGACAGCCACUACUCUCGACCACGGCGCCGCGACAGCCGUUCCCUCUCCCUCUUCUCCUUCAACUGGGAUCAAGCCAGCUUGGUCGAUCGACGUCAAUGCGAUGAACUUCUGCCGGAUGAGCGUGAUGCGCCUCGGCGAUAGGAAGGGCAAGGGAAAGGAGCGCGAGGGUCAGGUUGACGCGAUGCCGGAGGAAGCGCUGAUGGCCGUGCCGAGCUUGACCAAAGACGACUUUGUUGACAUCUUCCACGUUCCUUCAAAGGCCCGCCUUCAUCGUUCGGUCGGCAAGGAUGCGUUCCCGCUUGGCGUCAAGACGGGCACCAUCAUGGCUCUUCACCUCUUCCACUUACCAUCGUCUCGUCCGCCCGAUCCAGAUUCCUCCGCCACCUUGUCUACCGCUCCCGAACCCUCAACAUCUGCACACGUAUCCUCCCCCUCUUCGGCAACUUCGGAGACGCCACCUCCCGCCCCACAGCUCCACCUCCUGAUCGGCUACGAGUCAGGCCACCUCGCCCUCUUCCGCUUCUCGCCCACCGCUUCCUUCGAACAACUAGACGGCGAUUCCGAGCGAGUUCAAGGCGUAUGGGCACCGAAGGAAGGCAAGAUGGUUGAGGAGAACGAGGGAUGGGAGCUAGUGUGGAGUGAGAAAGGGCAUCGAGAUGCUGUCAUGUCGCUCGCCGUCACGCGAGAUCAUCGCUUCGCCUUCACGGUCGCAGCAGACCACUUCAUCUGCAAGUACCGCGUCUUCGACAUCAACGAACAAGAAGCGCUCUUGCCGCGGAUACACGUCGAACCGACGGUUUCGCCUGGCAAGUCGGCUGUCGCCGUGCGGAGCGACGGGAAGUUGCUGGCAACGGCGGGCUGGGACGGCGAGCUGCGACUGUACUCGGCCAAGUCGCUUCAACCCCUCGCCGUCCUUUCUCACCACCGCUCUUCCCUCCAAGCACUCGUCUUUGCGCCGCUCGAACCCGACGAGGCUAGCUUUCUCGUCGACAGCAACGACGAUUCGGACAGUGAGGACGACGGGGGGAGGGGGAAGGGAGGAAGAGCGAAGGCAUGGUUUGCGACGGGUGGACAGGAAGCGAAGGUCUCGCUGUGGGAGGUGUAUCCACCGUCAUGGUGA